CAACUGGUGAUUCUGGUCUGCUCAAGGCUCAUCGUGCGAUGACCAGGAUACAAUGAGGUGAAAUGAUGCGAUGAGGAUAUUUUCGAGGAUGAGCAUGAGCAUGAGGAUGAGGACGGAGGAUGGAGGGGGAGGGCUCGUUCUGGGAAGCAUAAAUACUUGGUGAAUUGCCCGUCCAGAUGCUUUUCCUCCAUCAUCAUCAUCAUCAGCCAGCUCUGUUCUCUGCUCCAUCGCGGAUAUCUCUAGCUUCAAUACUCCAACUUCCUCAGCUGCUCACUUCGAGUUCCUCGCCAAUUCAUCAUCAAAAUGAAGUUCACCGCCGCUAUUGCUGCUAGCAUCCUCGCUGGUACCGUCGCCGCCAUCCCCAACCGCGGCCUCGAAGCUCGUGUCAAGGCUCGCGCUUCUGGCACUCGGGGCUCCCGCCCUCUCGAGGCUGUCAACCGCCCCGCGACGGUCAAGAACCAGACCAACGUGGAGUACAGCUCCAACUGGUCCGGUGCCGUGCUGGAGAGCCCCCCCUCGGCUGCUGCGACCUACACGGCUGUGACUGGUACCUUCACUGUCCCCGAGCCUACCGGCACCGGCAGCGGCGCCGCCUCCGCCUGGGUUGGCAUUGACGGUGACACCUACGGUAACGCCAUCCUUCAGACCGGUGUCGACUUCACCCUCACCAAUGGCCGCGCCUCCUACGAUGCCUGGUACGAGUGGUACCCCGACUACGCCUACGACUUCAGCGGCAGCAUCGACAUUUCUGCCGGUGAUGUUAUCGUCGCCAUCGUCGAGUCGUCCUCUUCCACCAGCGGUACUGCUAUCAUCGAGAACAAGAGCACUGGCCAGACUGUGACCAAGAAACUGUCUGCUCCUUACUCCAGUGCCAAGCUCGGUGGUCAGAAUGCUGAGUGGAUCGUUGAAGACUUCGAGGAGAAUGGCUCCCUGGUUAACCUGGUCGACUUCGGCACUGUGACCUUCACCGGCGCCGUCGCCGAGGCCGCUGGCGGCGAGAGCGUCGGCCUUGACGACGCCACCGUCAUCGAGAUCGAGCAGUCCGGCAAGGUUGUGACUGAUGUCACUAUCAACAGCGACUCAUCGGUCACUAUCUCCUACGUCUAAGUCAUCCUGGUGACUUAUCGUGGCGGAGCACAUAGCAGCAGGUGACUCUGCAUGUGCGAGCGCGGUUUGCGGAGGACAUGGGCAGCGGGUUCUGCA